AAGCAGCAUGAAGAGGAAGGUAGUGUAUUUUUCAGUUGUUGUCCAGCUCCUGGAAGCAAGUGCAAUGGAUAUUGGGAGGCUCAGUGCCCCUGGAAAACCACCAGUUGAAGCUGCACCUGUUCAAACACAAUGUCUGGCUCUGCCUCAGUGGCACCAAGGGUGAGCAAAUGGCUGUCGAGGACUGCAGAUCUUCAGAAGAAUCAGUAAGCUGAAGCUGGCACACCAAGCUAAGCGUGUGAGAGGUCCUUUGGCAGAACUGCCCAGGUAAUCUGCAUAAUUAGAAGUAAAUGCAAGGAAUCAAUGCAGAGUGAGAAAAAGUAACCAGGAAAGUGUGAGAAGAACUCAGCACUUGAGACAGGAACCAAGUUCAGAGAUAAAUAAGGUAAACAGGGCAGCGCUUCGUACAGGAAGCCAAAUUUGCCUAUCGAAAACAACAAUCCAAAUUGAAGGUACCACAAGAGCUGAUCCGCAUUUGCGUACACGGCAAUUCCCCGAGCAAAUCUGUACAAGCCUGCAGGCAAACGGCUCAUCAGGUGCCUCGAUAGCUGUCUGUAGGCAGCCUCCUAAGCUGGCGCAAGCGGUGGACGGAAUCUGCAGCUGGGAUGUACAGUUCCGAUUCUUCUGCUCUGCAAAAGCUUAGCGUGGAGUUGUUUUAGGAACAGGAAAGAACCGGCUGGUGAAGAAGGCAACGCAGAGCAAGCUCCGGCGCCCCGUCCGGGCUGUGGCACAGCUGCUGAGGGGCCCUUGCUCAGCCCCGUGCGCCUGAUGGAAGGCAGGAGCCUCCUGCUCCUGGUCUAUAAAACCCAGGCGCGGCCCAAGGUGUGGCUGGCGUGAGCGAGGAAGGCUACCUGGAACCAGAUUAGCUUUGCAGGAAACCUGUCGCCAGCAGCUUGUCGCGCUGUACCUACCACCAAGAAAGCUCCAAGGAGAAGCUGAGGGCAAACAACGUCUCGAAGACAGUCCAUGGGGACUGUACCAGAUCCUCUGAGAUCUGCCAAGCUUUCCCUGGUCACAGCUUCUGAGAGAGAGGACUGCCUGGGAGACUUACAGUCUGCUAAACACCAGCCCCAACUACCCAUUGAAGAGAAGACCAGCAAUGGCUUCCCAUUUAUGCCAUCUGGCUCUGCUGGAGUUUGCUUGUUCGAUCUGAAAUGCACAGCAGCCACCAGUGUGCAGAGGUGUGAGCAGUGCCCUCAGGACAAUGCUAGCCAGCAGGAAGCCUUUCCUCCUGGGCUCACCAGCCAAGUUGCAGAGGGGUGUCCUGCAGCUGUAGAUCCUGCAGAUUCCUCCCAGCCAGCAGGCAGCCAGGGACUAGCAGCACCAGCUCUAACCACAGCAGAAGCUCCCUUGGAGGGGCAGGGGCCAGAGAUGAUGCCAGCCCCCCAGAGCUCCCGCCAGUUUAUGCAAAGCAGCCAGGCAAAAACGAGCUCCCUGACGCAAAUGGAUGACUCUGCCUUGAAACCUUCAGGAACUGAUGAUCAGCCAGCACUUGAGGUUUUAAGUUAUUCUUCCCUGGGUGACCCUAUCAGGGAUGAUGAGUCCUGUUGUACUUCUCAGGCAAAACUUCUGCAAACAGGGGAGAAAGACAGGGGAACAGCAACCAGUUCUGCUGUGUGUCAGCCUGCCUUGCCAGUGAGGCACAGCGAAGCUGGCCUGGGAAGAGACCCACAAACCAGUCUGGAGGCAAAAAGUGUGGCUGCAGAUGCUGCACAGUUGCAUCUCACAGGUAAAACUGAAGUGGUGCAGAGCAGCAAGGCACCAGUCCAGUCUAGCCAAGGAGGUCCACAUUCCAUAGACCACACAGUCAGUGAGCUGGGAAGUCCAGGCCCCACUCACCUCUGCAAAUACAGAGAAAUGGGUACAAUGACAGUUCAGCCAGAGAGCAGCUUUUUAACUCAGGAAGCAGUAAGCAGAACAUGGCGAGAUGCUGAGGUUCAGGCUGUGGCUACUGUGGAGAGCAAAUCGGCCUCCACCAGUCCCAGUAUCCUUGCAGCCUUCUUAAAAGGGAAUCCACCUCCAGAAGAGAAGGAAGAACUGCACAUAAUUUACCAAGGAGGAACAGGGCUGAGCCAGACUGCAAUUACUGACAGUAUAUCCUCUAGACAAAAGUCCCCAUGUUCUCCUGGUAUCAUGUCAGAGUCAGCUGUUGUUACGGCUGUGGCUGCUCCAGCCCAAACUCAGGCUGUGAAACUGCCUGUUUUCCCAUCUGAUGUGGUGCCUCCAGCUAAUGCAAAACUUGUUCUCUCCUCCUCCCCAGCAGCCCUUACCUCCCAAGGGACAUCUGUGCAUGAUGCUGAAACAGUUGGUGCAGCCUGUGGUGGCAAGGAUGCUGCUCAGCUGCCAAUGGAUGCUCAAGUCCCACCAAAGCCCAUACCUGUUGAGAAGCUUGCAGUUGGCUCCAGUAAUCAAACUCCAGCACAAACUGGGUCUGGCACUGGUGAACCAAGCCCUAAUUCUGUGGCCACUGUCCCAGGAACCAAGAACAACAUGCGAGAUCUUGUCCCUGAUGCAGGAAGCAGCUGGUUACCUUUACUCAAUAGCACAGGCAGUGAGGUCAAGCAGAAGGAGAUCCUGGACAGUUCUGAUCAAAAGCCUGUGCAAAGUAAGGGUGCACAUCAAGAGGAGGCCAUUCCUGACAAAUCUGUGGUGAAACCAAAGGAAGAAAACUCGGUGGUGCUUGAUCCUAAAGGAGGGACGAGUGUUAGCCACCCUGUCACUGUCUGCAUAAAGGCAUGCUCAGAGGUUGCGUGUAAAAAAGAGAGCAGAGGACAGAGAGACACUGGCCAGGCUGAGUUGAGUGUGAAUUCUGCACAUCUCACCCCUCCCUUGGAGGCAUCAUCAGCUCCCCAGCAGCAAGGCCUCCAGGCCAAGGAGUCCAGACAUGAGAUGCAGACAGCAGCUCUUCCUGCUUCAGCUCAGGCCUUGCCAAGCGUGAGGGAAAACAAAAAGGUCCCCACUCCAGCCAUGGAGGCAAAAGUGCAGGUGAAGCAGUCCAAACACGUCAGGGAUGUUAUUUGGGACGAGCAGGGCAUGACAUGGGAGGUUUAUGGUGCUUCCCUCGAUCCGGAAUCCCUGGGAAUUGCCAUCCAGAACCACCUACAGAGACAAAUACGAGAACACGAGAAACUGAUCCGGUCCCAGAACAGUCAGUCUCGGAAAUCCAUUUCCUCGGACACAUCCUCAAACAAAAAACUGAAAGGCAGGCAGCACAACGUGUUCCAGUCCAUGCUGCAGAAUUUUAGGCGUCCUAAUUGCUGUGUCCGACCUGCUCCCUCUUCUGUCUUAGACUGAUGUGGUUUGCAGGAAUGUGUAGAUGCCUGCAGCGGUAGAGAGGAUCCCUGCCCUCCAGUCUUGAGUCCCGCUGUCCAGUAGCGUUAUUGGGAUUGUGAUGCAGCAGCAGUGGAAAAUUAUUUCCCUUUGUUUUCCGAGUAGCCACACUCUCCAUUGCACAGUUCUUACUGCCACAGCUGGUGUGUUUCCACAGUGUGACCCCAUCCCCGCUCCUGCCAGAUGAGAAGCUAGGUACUUAGCAAAAGCACAAAGUCGAGCUGCCGCCUUGCCGCCAAGGUGGAGCAGCACCUUCUCGCAAAGCAAGAAGCAGAGGAAUUGUCACAAGUUCUAUGGGAAACUAUUUGUGUGCAUCACAAGGUCUUGUACAAAUGGGUGGGCUAGAGGAAGGGGGGUGAGGUGAAACUGAGAUUCUACAGCUGUAGAGACCUGAAACAAGACGAGUUACCUAGUGUGUAAAUUACUCAACAGUGAGAUGAGUCUGCGUAAACCGUGCAGGCGCUGAUAACUGAGCAGUCUGACUUCCGUUGAUCCUGUGGGGAACCGUUGUCACGUGAGCCCCAGAGAUCCAGGUCUUCUCCCUGUGAGAUGGAGAAUCAGAGAAAGAGUGAGGAUGAAGGCUGAAGGAUGCUCUCUCUGGGAGCAGGUAAGCCAGCGGCUAGAAGGGGAAGUGAGAAAGGGAGGUACUCUGCGGGCUUUUUUUCCCCUGCGUCAGCCACACUUAAGGUAUAAUCAGGAGAUGCACAAAGGGCAGGCGAGGGACAUGAGAGCAUGGCAGACGUAUCCACAGCCAGCAGAUGCCCUCACUCGUGUGGUAGCAUUCCAGCCAAGUCUUUCAAGAGCAGCGAGCUGUCUGGCUCCUCAGCCAGGGUGGGUAGCCCAUGCUCCCAGCCUCCCGCAGCACUGAGCACCUCUCCUCUAAAUCACUCUCUAAGGUGAUGUGAAUCUUCUUUUCUCCCUCCAGAGAUGCACAGUAACAUUUUCCCAUAGGAGCAGGCUAUCCUGUGUGUCUGGGUCCGUGAACCCACAUGACUAGUGUCUUACAACAAUGUUUUUCCUUUGAAGUCCUUAUCCAGCUCUACCCUUUUGCAGUAUUUUGGUGCUUUUCUUGCUGCCUUUCAUAAAUGAAUACCAUUUA